AGGAUCCCAGAUAACCAGAGUGCUGAAGCCACAUUCAUUCUCUUGGGUUUCUCAGAAUAUCCAGAAGUUCAGCUGCCUUUGUUUGUGCUUUUCUUAAUAAUUUACACAGUCACUGUGGUAGGCAAUCUGGGAAUGAUCUUGGUUAUCAAGAUCAACCCUAAAUUCCAAAUCCCAAUGUACUAUUUCCUCAGCCACUUAUCUUUUGUUGAUUUCUGUUAUUCAACAGUUGUUACCCCCAAACUAUUAGAAAAUUUGGUUGUGGAAGACAAAACUAUCAAACUUGCAGAAUGUGUGUCUCAAUACUUCUUUCAAUGUACCUUUGUGGUGACAGAAACAAUUUUGUUGGCUGUGAUGGCCUAUGAUCGAUUUGUAGCUGUUUGCAACCCUCUACAAUACACAACUGUGAUGUCCCACAAGCUCUGUGCCAUGUUAGUGGGUGCAUCAUACUCUUGGGGUUUAAUCUGUGCUAUUCCUCUAAGCUACUUUCUCCUGGUAGCAACUUACAGAGGAAAGAACAUCAUAAACAAUUUUGUCUGUGAACACUCUGCUAUUGCCUCUGUCUCUUAUUCUGACCCCUAUAUUAGUCAGAAACUCCUUUUCAUCCUUGCUACCUUCAAUGAAGUAAGCACGCUGGUGGUCAUUCUUACUUCUUAUGCUUUCAUUUUUAUUACAGUCAUGAAGAUGCCUUCUAAAGGGGGCAGGCAAAAAGCCUUCUCCACUUGUGCCUCCCAUCUCACUGCCAUUAGCAUCUUCCAUGGGACCAUCCUUUUUCUCUACUGUGUUCCUAACUCCAAAAAUUCAUGGCUCAUGGUCAAGGUGGGCUCUAUCUUUUACACAGUAGUUAUUCCUAUGCUGAACCCACUGAUCUACAGCCUCAGGAAUAAAGAUGUGAAAGAAACUGUCAGAAAGUUAUUUCAUACUAAGUUCUUCUGUGAUAAAAUAUAA